CGACGUCACCACGCAUCUCUUCCAAACAAUGCUCAGGAAAAAGCCACGUUGACGAUCCAGACUUGAGUGUAGUCCACAUUUUCAGGCAGAAUAAAGCGGGAACAGCUUUAAAAUUGAGGCUCAGCUCGGUUUCCGCAGCAGACCCCCACAUCUGAGCAGGCAGCAUGUCAUCGCCGCCGAAGGAGAAAAUCGAAACCAAAGGCGGUCAUCUCCCUGCAGUAAAGGCAGGCGGUAUGAGGAUAGUGCAGAAGCACCAGCCAACUCCUGCUCCAGAACCACCGCAGAAAGAUGACAGCGAGGAGUACAUCAGCAGCAGUCCACCGAGGGCCCCUGUGAUUGUGUCUGGAGUGGUUACAAAGGGUGAUAAGGACUUCACCCCAGCUGCUGCCCAGGUGGCCCACAACAAGCCCCUGCCUGGUGUCCCCAAGCUUCCCCCUGCUCAGCACAUCAACCAGCACAUCCACCAACCCCGCAAGUGAGCCAGGCACCAAUCUACAACCAAGCCACCAAGCUACUAACUCCACCAGCCGGCCUUCCAAAUGGAACAGAUAGGAUGAAGACGGUUCCCCACCAGGCACAGAUCUCCUCUAAAUAAAAAGAGAAAUCAUACAUUUUGAGAAAUUAGUCAGUAACGAGACACCUGAAGUCAGUAACGCUUCAGUGCAAGUCCCACUUUUAAUACCACUGCUGCAUUGGUGCCGCUCUAGUAGCUUUGCACUCUCCUUUUGAAGGAUUAUUUUCCACUUGAAUAAGUCUUAAGGUGAUGUAAACCGGUGAAGUCUUCUUGAAUUCUUCUCUUCUCUGUUCUCAAAAAAAAAAAAA